AUGGUCCGACAGAAGGAAUGGCGAGAGCAUAUGGCAAAGAAAUCGAACUCGGAGCGUGAGCUGUUCAUUUUCAAUUUGAUCAGACGCAUGCAAGCAGCCCAGGAUGGUGUGAUUCGCAGACGUGGUCAAGGUCCAGGGUGGAAGUUCUUGGGUCAGCCAGUCUGCUUUGAGGGUUUCUGUCAUUUGACAGGUGUGAGCCGACGGCAGUGUUCCAAAUUCCUCAAGGCUAUACGUGAAGGUGCCCUAGAGCCUCCAGCUGAUGGGAGAUCCCUUCGAGUUUCAAGGGAUGAGCCCAAGAGAGACCAUGCCCGUAGCUUCUUUCAGUACUUGUACGACCACCUAGCCGAACCACUUGCUGAGGGUUUGGAUCCAGAGCUAGACGAGUUCACGGAGUGGAUCGACCCAAACCCCAGAGCAGCGCCAGCUGAAAGCAACCAGAACCCUGUUGGGGCUGCGGCAGUGCGGCCAGUGAUGAAAGAGCAGAAGUGGUUGCACCACAUGAAGUUUGUUGAAAUCUACGAGAUGUACACUUCCAUGUAUGGGCCGUUGACCAAUCCACAGGAUGUGUGUGGAAGGUCUGUGCUUCGAGAUGUUUAUUUGCAAGAAUGGCGAUUCAGCCUGCGGAUCCGCAAAACAUCCCAGCACACACAGUGCAAAGAUUGUGUCCGAUUUUCAAGGCAGCGACGGGCGCACGAUCUGACCGAGUCGCAGAAGCAAGAGAUCACGCAGGCCGCGAACCUGCACAAGCACGGCGUCUUUCAGGACCGUGGUGUUGGCCGCAAGCUCAUGUUCCUUUCGGAAUCUGCCACAACCCAGGGCACACAUGUGGCGCCAGAACUGGGAACGCUCUAUAUUUGCUUAGAUGGAAUGGACCAAGAUUUUGUCCAAUGCAUCAAAGAGACUCUCAAACCAGCGCGGGGCCGCGAGCUCUUUGCUGAAAAGCUGGAGGGUCUGUGGGAUUGGCAGAAAUUUAUGGAGCCAAUGGAACGGGUCAUGAGUGGAGUGGCCAUCUUGAAGAGCCAGCCUGAUGUGAACUAUGCUUUCCGCAUAGUAACGCGAAAAGAUAUGAAGCUUUACUCUGGCUAUGAGAAGUGGGUCGACAUGGCAGACGAAGAACAUGAGGCCCUGGACCAAUGCCCAGAGGGGCCAGCAGAUGGGGAUGUCUUUCUGCUAUGCAAGCAGUUCAUGCAUUCCACGUCGCUGUCACAGAAGCCAGUCUUGCUUAUGCCGGUCAGCCGGCUUUCUAGAGUCCACCCAGCAGGGCCAACCCAAGUCGUUGCCAGGAACGAUUUGGGGGAUCGCGCAAUCCGUGAAUUCAGGAAGACAGCGCUUGCCGUCUCAGAAGCCCCAUGGGGGAUGGUCCGUGCCCGGGCGUACCUUGAGCAUUUGUGUCAGGAGAAUGAGUCACAGAGGUUGCCUUGCCCGCCACCAUUGGUUUUCAUCAACACAACUGCUGAGGAACUUGUUCAGUUGAUUGACCAACGUGAGCAGCAAGGUCUACCAGUAGAGUUGACUGAUUUUGCUCCAGGCACUCCGCGCAGGGUUGUUGUCACUGAUGCUGCCCCAAAAGAUCCGCCUGGUCGUGGUCGGGGGCGUGGGCAUGGCCGUGCCAGGGGUCGUGCUAGGGGUCGUGGGCGUGGGAGAGGAAGGCAUAGCGCUUCAGAUGGAGCUGAAGGAGAUAAUGGAGAGGACGGCGAUGGUGGCGGCCAUGGUGGCGGCCAGGGUGGGAGGGGUGAUGAUCAGGAUGAUGCGGAUGGUGACCAUGAAGAUGGUGACUCCGGACCACCCAGCCCAGGUAUGCCAGGUCCAGCAGUUCCAGCGCACCGAGCAAAACGGAAGCGACCUCCCACUCCAGAACCCAAGUUUAAGUUUGAACGUCCAGCACGAGAACCGGUGGUUCUCAGGAAGCCUGCCAGCGCACAGCCGGCCAAGAAGAAGGUUUGUGUUUUGGGCACCGUGAUGCACCGUGCAUUGCUGCAAGCCAACAAAUGUGAUGGUGUUCUUUUGCCUUGUGCUUUGGAAAGUCCUGCUGAUGCAACGCCCGCCGCUCAGGCUGACCUUGCAAAGAAAUUGCAGGGCCACAUUCGCCCCCGCUUCAUGAUGGCAAGCCCACCCUGUACCAUGUACAGUCCACUCAUGAGGCUAUGGAACUUUCGCAAGAUGCAGCCAGCUGUGAGGAAGAGACGGCAGGGUGAGGCCGACUCCAUGGUUGACACGGCCGUUGACCGGUGCCUGGAACAGCAUGACCGUGGUGAUCUCUUUGCAUUUGAGCACCCGGCAAACGCAUCCAGCUGGAGGCAGCACAGGAAGCUGGCCAAGGCCAGGAAGACAAAGAAUACUUACGAGGUUCUUUUUGACCAGUGUGCAGUGGGGCUUCGGUCACCAAGCGGUAAGCCAAUGAAGAAGCGGACCAGGCUUUGGACCAAUUCACUGGCCAUGGUCCGCCGCUUCAAGGUCAUGCAGUGCAAGUGCCAACAGCCACACAAGCGGAUUUGCGGGUCAGAGAUGGGCUACAAGCUCAGCAAAUGGGCUCAGUGCUACCCAAAGAAGAUGGUCAAUACUCUUCUCUUGGGCGCCAAGGACGACAUGUCAAAGUGA